AUGAAUCUUGAAUAUGUUCUCAAAUUUGGAAUCUUAUUAUUGAAAAUAGUCUGCUUACUAUAUGGACUAAAAUACGUGUUCAAAGUGAUCUAUGUUGCCUACAUUGGACCCCUUAGUAAAAUUCCAGGACCAAAAAUAGGCUUCCUAACUAAAUUGUAUAUGGAUAUAAGGCAGAUGAAAGGCCAAAGGUGGAAAUGGUUACACUACGAAAUUCUUCCGAAAUAUGGCCGAGUGGUUCGAGUUGCACCGAGAGUGAUUGUGAUUGCGGACAAAGAUAUUCUCAAGCAGAUUUUAGUGACGAAUGAAUUGCCCAAAAAUAAGAAUUAUGAUAAAUUGCGCGUCGACGAAAACUAUUCCACCCUAUUCACCACGAGAGACCUAGCGUUUCACAAGGCUCGUCGCCGUGUCCUUUCACCGGUUUUUUCCAUGAAACAAAUUUCAUCUCUCGAAAGCCUCAUGGGCACAUGUUGCCAAGAUUUGACAGAUAAAAUUGAUGAAAUGAUAACAUUGAACGACUCGAAAGAUGCCGUCGUUGAUAUUUAUAAUUUGAUUAAUUUGAACGCACUGGACACAAUUGGAGAGACAUCAUUUGGAGGUUCAUUCAAGUUGGUAAAAUAUGGAAGUCAUCCUCUACCAGGAAAAAUGUUCAAAGAGUUUAGAAGAAGAGUAUUGAAAUCCAUGUUUCCUGUCUUUGGUCAAUUUUCGAAAGUGGAUCCUUAUCUUGUAGAUUUUACAAAAGAAAUAAUAAAACAACGUAGACAAUCGGCUACCACUAGAAAAGAUUUAUUACAAGCACUAUUGGAUGCGAAAGACUCGAAUGGAAAUGGCUUAUCGGAUUUUGAAAUUUUCGAUCAAUGCUUCGAGUUCUUACUCGCUGGAAGUGACUCGACCAGCUUUACAACAUCAAUAACAUUAAUUGAAUUAAUCAGGCGUCCUGAAGUAUAUAGGAAGUUGGUCGAAGAACUCGAUAAAGUGAUUUCGAAAUAUGACUCAAAUAAAAGGUUGAUUCCACCCUAUGAUAUAUUGAAAAAUUUGCCUUACCUAGACGCUGUUAUCAACGAAGGUCUCAGACUUUAUCCUUCCUCUAGAGAUCUUGGUCCAGGAAAAGAAGCCGUGGAAGAUAUGGUAAUAGGUGAUUACUCUAUUCCGAAGGGCACAGUUCUCACUGCAAACAUAUUUGCUGUACAUCACUCGAAAGAAUAUUGGGGUGAAAACUCGUAUGAGUUUGUUCCGGAGCGAUGGUUGAAUCCCGAGAAUAUACCGGUCGAUGGAUUUAUUCCAUUUUUAGCUGGAUCCCGGAAUUGUAUCGGGCAGAACUUCGCGCGGAUGGAACUGAAGCUCACAAUCCCGGCAUUAGUGUUGAAAUAUGAAUUUGAAGACAUCCCUGGUCAAGAUAAUGAAAUAUUACAGUUCCUUACUACAAGCUUAAGAGGCAAGAGCCAUAAUGUUAUAGCUAGACACAGAAUAAAAAAUGAUUUAAUUUCUUAG